CCAACCACAGCCCUGCCAGGACCUGGCCCUGCCCAGGACACAGUCACAGCCCUGCCAGGACCCUGCAAAGGACAGAUCCAAGGAGAACUUCACCCCGACCCCUGCCAGGACCCAACACAGCCCUGCCAGGACCUGGCUCUGCCCAGGACCCAACUACAGCCCUGCCAGGACCCAACCACAGCCCUGGGACCCUGCAAAGGACAGGCCCAAGGACAACUUCACCCCUGACCCAACCACAGCCCUGCCAGGACCUGACUCUGCCCAGGACACACCACAGCUCUGCCAGGACCCAACCACGUUCUGUGGUUCCCCCUGUCCCUUCCCAGCUGCUCUGUCCUGCCCUGGGGGGCCCAGAUGUGCUCCAGAUGUGCUCCAGAUGUGCUCCAGCUGCAGAGGUGACCCUGGGGCUGUCACUGUCACCUCUGGGUCACCUCUGGGUCACCUCUGGGUCACCUCUGGGUCACCUCUGGGUCAGAUCCACCCCAGGAGCUCCAGGUUUGGUUUGGUUUGUUUGGAAAACCCCGUGGAGGGUUUGGGGUGGCUGGAAAAGGAUCCUGCAGGUCCCUGAACCCAGGAGUGAAGGAAAAACAGAAAAUUCCUGCUCCUCCAACUGGAUUUCCAGGAAAACAGAGAAUUCCUUCUCUCCUGGGUUGGAUUUUCAGGAAAACAGGGAAUAUUCCUGCUCCUUCAGUUGGAUUUCCAGAAGAACAGAGAAUUCCUGUUCUCCUGGAUUGGAUUCCCAACUGCUCCUCUCUUGGAUUUCCAGAGGAACAGAGAAUUCCUGUUCCUCCAGUUGGAUUUCUAGAAGAACAGAGAAUUCCUGUUCCCCUGGAUUGGAUUCCCAACUGCUCCUCUCUUGGAUUUCCAGGAAAACCAGAAAAUUCCUUCUUACCUGGACUGGAUUUCCCGGAAAAACAGGGAAUAUUCCUGCUCCUCUCUUGGAUUUCCAGGAAAAACAGAGAAUUUCUGUUCCUCUCUUGGAUUUCCAGAACACAGAAUUCCUUCUCCUCUGGGUUGGAUUUCCAGGAAAACCAGAAAUUUCCUGCUCCUCUCUUGCAUUUCCAGGCAGUUUCCCAGCUCCCUGUCCUGGGCAGCUCUGUGGGUUUGGACCCUGCUGUGUCCCCUCGUUGUCCCCUCGUUGUCCCCUCGUUGUCCCCUCGUUGUCCCCUCGUUGUCCCCUCGUUGUCCCCUCGCCGUUCAGGACAUUUUUUCCAGGUGUCAGGGUGGGAAUUUUUGGGAUUUUCCCAUUUUUGCUCCUUCCCUGUUUGUGUCUGAGCCCUGAAUGGAGCUGCUGGAAAUGUCCCCAAGCUGUGACAGGACUUUGUCCCCCCAGAGGAGCAUCCCAGGAAUCCUUGGGAAUUCCGAAUUCCUCGGGAAUUCUUUGGGAUUUGCGGGGCCGGAGCGGAGCUGGGCUGAUUUUGGGGGGAUAAAACUGAAUUUUGUAGAGCUGGCUUUGAGCUGGGUGGGUUUGGGGGGAGGUGACAUCCGUGGGGUGGUGACAGCUCUGCUGGGAUGGCCUGGAAGGGACUGGGGGACCUGGGGGUUGGGGCAUGGAUUGGUGAUUUUUGGGGCAGAAAUUGGUGAUUUUUGGGGCAGAAAUUGGUGAUUUUUGGGGCAGGAACUUGUGAUUUUUGGGGCAGAAAUUGAUGAUUUUUGGGGCAAGGACUGGUGAUUUUUGGGGCAGAAAUUGAUGAUUUUUGGGGCAAGGACUGGUGAUUUUUGGGGCAGAAAUUUGUGAUUUUUGGGGGCAAGAACUGGUGUUUUUGGGACAGGGACUGGGGGGUUUUG